AUGUCAGCAACCGAAGUCAACACACUCGUACCAGUCCGGGACGACGUCAAGGUUCUCUGCGCAAAGAUUCAGUCCCAAGACUCAACGCUCAAGCUCCAAGGUGUACUUAACGAACGUCUGCCCAACCUCGAGCAACUCCACCUCGAGAGAGUGCCAGCCGAUGGUGAUGACGCGGUCCAUGCGCCCCGCAGUGAGCCACCAUACACCCUGCGCGCUGCCAACCUCCCGAAGCUGCAGAUUUUGGCCGCCGUUGACACGAUCGUCAGCCUCGAAAUGCCUUUGUGCCGAAACCUGCGCAUGCUCCACCUCGAAUUUGACGACCAGAAGAAAGUGGACCGCGUUCCGUUGGCCUGUUUCCUCGACAUCAUGCGCAACUGCACGUCUCUCCAAAGUCUUUACGAAUACUGCUACGUGGACGCCCGGACGCCGAGGGGCACCCCGCCUCCCCCCGUUCUUUCCUUGAUGGGUCACACGCGCCUCAAAGUUCUUCAGAUCCUUGAGGACUCUGACACUUUAUCCAGGAUUCUUUCUAGCCUGAUCAUCCCUGCCUCUGUCAACCUCACAGCCGCCGCGGUCGUCGGAGAGAAGGGGGUCUUGCGCGAUAUAUUCCCCCGCGAUAGGACCCAGUUGCAGAUCCUACAACGGGCGACGAAGGUCGAGGCGCGCCACACGCUACGGGACUGCUGCCUCGCUGCGCACAUGCCAGGGAAGGAUAGCGGGUGUCUCACCUUGGAGCUCUCCACCACCCCCGAGGGCAUGCGCCGCAGAGAGAGGGACCUGCUCGAUGGCACGUUCAUGCAUACUAUGAUUCAGUCCCUGGACGUCUUCCAAGACUGUCCUGCGCGGACGCUCUGUCUCGGCGGUAACCUCGCGCAGGUGCGUCCGGAGUCGUGGAUCGCCGCGUUCGAUCGCUUCCCCGACAUCGAAGAACUCCAGAUUGAGGAUAUUCAGGACCAGCCAGGGAAGACCCUCCUCACCCUUUUCGACGCGCUGGCCGUGUCCUCGAACGUCCACCGGGGGGUGGUCCUUCCGCGUCUGCAGACCAUCAAACUCGAGGGCGCGAUCAACCAACUUGGGCUGCUGGACGCAGUCCGCAGCUGCUUCACGCGGCGUGCACAGCUGGGAGCGCGACCGCUUCACAGGAUGGAACUCAUCCCGUCCCGAGACUCCCACAGAGGAUGGACCGCGGAUGAGGUGGCUCGCUUUCAACGGGAGCGGCAUACUCUCGCCAAGAUCGUCGAGUUGAAGAUCUAA